AUUUACAGAGUGGUAUAAUUUUUUCACCCAUUUCGCACUAUUGAUUGUACAGUAUGAUAUUUGUUGCGUAAGAACUCUUCGCGUUAAACGGAUAAACCCUAGUUCCCAAAACGGUGAAGGAAGAUCACAGUCAAAGUUGCAGAGAGACUGAUUGAGAAUAGAUAUAUACAGAAAGGCAGCUGAUAUUUAUAGAGAGAGAGAGAGAAAGUGUGUGUUUGUGUGAGAGAGUUGGGAGUAUAAAGAAGUGAGGCAUGCAGCAGCACCUGAUGCAGAUGCAGCCCAUGAUGGCAGCCUACUUUCCCAGCAACGUCACUACUGAUCACAUUCAACAGUAUCUGGAUGAAAACAAGUCGCUGAUUCUCAAGAUUGUCGAGAGCCAAAACUCGGGGAAAAUGAGUGAAUGUGCAGAGAACCAGGCCAGGUUACAAAGGAACUUGAUGUAUCUAGCUGCUAUUGCUGAUGCACAACCUCAACCACCUAGCAUGCAUUCGCAGUAUCCUGGAGGUGGGAUUUUGCAGCCUGGUGCACACUACAUGCAGCAUCAACAAGCUCAACAAAUGACACCUCAAUCACUUAUGGCUGCUCGCUCCUCUAUGCUAUACAGUCAACAGCAAUACUCAGCACUUCAACAACAAGCUUUACACAGCCAGCUUGGAAUGAACACAGGAGGAAGCAGUGGACUUAUGCUGCAAGGGGAGCCUCAUGGGGCCGGAGGUAGUGGUGGACUUGGAGGUGUAGGAUUUCCCGACUUCGGCCGCAGCACCACUGGGGAGGGGCUGCAUGCCUCAGGAAGGUCAAUGGCAGGCGGAGGUAAGCAAGAAGUCCGCAGCGGUGGGCCUGCAGAAGGGCGUGGUGGAAGCUCAGGUGAUGGGGGUGAGUCUCUCUACUUAAAAGAUGCCGAUGAUUGAAUUCGAGGGAAGUAUGGUUAAUGAAUCUAGUUUUUCUGUUAAACUCGAGAAUGUUGAAUUAGGUACCCUCUAUCUCAGAAAUUGAAGGUCUGUUAUGAACUUGUAAUCUAUUUAUUAGGGAAAGAACUGGAUUUUCGUAUGGAAUGUGAGGAUUGUUGGUGCUAUGAAAUUUUGUAUAUUUCUAGUUCCUUCU